AUGGGAACUAGAGCGUACAGCUCAGAUCUCUCAACGGCAGCACGACUGAGCCGCUUCGAAAAAGCCAUGGAGUCGCUUUAUGGAGGCUUUGCAGACAUCCAGGAACCUGAAAAAUGGACACCGCCACCCAACUCAGGCGGCCAUCGCGGUCGAUACCUAUGGACUGAUGCAUUUGGAGUCAUAAACUUCCUGACCUUGUAUCAGGAGCAUUCGAAGAUAGCCUCAGCAGCAGGCUCGGCGGCGGCUUCGGGGUCAACACCGGGAUCAGGCCGAGCGUCAGCGACGGCGACGGGAGAGAAUACUAGUACCACUAGCAAUACUGCUGAUAAGUACCUAACCCUAGCACGCCGUCUGGUCGACACGGUGCACGAUGUACUCGGCAGGACCAGAGACGGCAAAGCACGACUCCCCGGGGCCUCGGACGAGACGCCUCUAGGAGGAGGACUGCGGAUCGGAAAGCUGGAUGAACUAGGAGUCGAUGGCGACGGACAGUACCAUCACUACUUGACCAUCUGGAUGUUUGCGCUGAAUCGUCUGUCGCUCGCUACGGGCGAUCCGACGUAUAAUAGACAAGCUAUCACGCUGGCCAAAGCGAUCCAUCCACGAUUCUUCGUCAAUAGAACGUCUACUCGCCCGCGCAUGGUGUGGAAAAUGAGCAUGGAUCUAUCGAUAGCCCUUGUGUCGUCAGAAGGAAAUCUGGAUCCGAUUGAUGGAUACGUUGUUUAUAGGCUGCUUCAGGCGUCGGCUAUGGAGAUGAAUGAUUCCACGGUUGGUGGGUUGGACGAAGAGAUUGCCGAUUACAAGCGGGUUAUGGAGCGUAAAGGCGAACAUUUUGUGUCUGCUGAUCCGCUAGACCUUGAGAGAAAUGGGCGGCGAGGCUGGCAGAGAGAUGUUUUCAACAAAUAUGUAGUCCUCCCUCCCCCUGCAGAGUUGUAUGGCAUUGCAACCGAACCUUACGAACUUUUCGAAAUGGACCGCUACCUCGCACGCAGCAUCAAAUAUCGGCUCGCGUUUCGCGAAUUCGGCACCAGUCUCGGAAUUGGCUGCCACUAUGAUAAAUCCUCGGACAAAGAACGGGCUGCUGACGUACGAAAAUACUCAGACUCGAUCAUUGAAUCGUGGGAACCUUAUAUGGCACAGUCCCUGAAGGACGAGGGUGUCUUGACAGCGGAUGAUUUGCGGCCUAUUACUAGGGUUAUGUAUUCGUCGGCUUUGAUUCCGGGUGCAUUUCGCACUGGCUAUCUUGGGCCGGAGCCCAAGACAAUUCCGUAG